CUCUGUGAUUGGACAAUGGGCACCAAAACACGGAAAUCAGUCGUCAAGCUUCAAAGCAGUAUGGCAGCCUCCGUCAACAGUGCGUGUAAACCGUUAAAUAUUACGAGUUUUCAGAAGAAGACACGCAGCAAAAUAUUAAGCAUACCCGGGACAAGACCCUCGGUACAAAACGGACAGCUCCUCGUAUCCUCCGGUGUCACGUCGCUCGACUAUCUGCUGGGUGGUGGUCUUGCAGUUGGAACGGUGCUUCUCAUUGAGGAGGACCGUUACGAUAGCUACUCCCGCAUGAUUCUAAAAUACUUCCUGGCAGAAGGGGUGGUGUGUCGACAUGAACUCUUCCUCGCAGCGGCUCACGACCACCCAGAUGACAUCUUCCAGGAACUUCCUGAUCCUAUCUUGGAUGAUGUUGCCAUGUAUAAACCAGUAGAACAACCAAGACUAUCAUGUGACCCUCAAGAUAGUUUAGAUGCCAUGAAGAUUGCGUGGCGUUAUCAGAAUCUCCCAAAAGUGCAGAGUGCCCUCGCAUCCUCAUCUCGGUUCGGCCACUACUAUGAUGUUUCCAAGACAAUGGAGCCAGAAAUCCGCCAGGCAGCCAAGUGCCACCACUUUUACCUCGCAGAACAUCCGAGCCAGUCAACAGCCACACACAGUCUCAUGCUUCACUCCUACUCUGCCUUGCUGAAGUCCAUUGAGGAGGUCAUAAACAGGGAAGGCUUCCAAGUUGCAGAACCCAUGGCAAAGCCACGGAAUAUCCUACGUAUUGGACUACACUCACUUGGUUCGGCUCUGUGGGGUGAUGACCUGUGUUGUCGUGACAACCCGAAAAACAGCCACGCUCUCACAACUUUUCUUUAUGGACUUCGGGCUUUGUUGAGGACAUCUCUGGCAGUUGCAGUAGUUACUGUGCCUUCACAUCUCAUCCAGAACAUAUCCCAAAUGGCCAGCAUAACCAGACUAUGUGACAAUGCCAUAGCCCUGGAAUCAUUCAAAGGCUCUGAAAGGGAGACCAACCCACUCUACAAAGAUUACCAUGGCCUGUUACACGUUCGGCAGGUGCCUCAUCUCAACUGUCUUGCAAGUCAAUUGCCUGACCACAAGGACUUGGCUUUUAAGCUCAAGAGGAAACAGUUCACCAUUGAGGCUCCUCUUCCUGCGAGAGCACUAUCCAGUCUGCAUCGACAUUUGCGCUCCAUACUUACAUCGACUACAUUUGCCUCCUGACUUGUCUGAGACCGUGAGUCGUGUGAGCAGGGUGGAGCUGGAAGGAGCCUCCAUGGUGACUUCAAGUUGUGGCUCAGGUACCAAACACCUGGAUUUUUAGAGCUACUGACUCACAGGUUGCUACAGGCAACCAAAACUUCAGCUCCUCCACCUUGGCGACCUGGUUGAUCUCCUGUCCAUGUGAUGCCCGGCACGCUAAGUUGCAUAUCAUCAUAUUUCAAGCUUCUUUUUCUAGUUGUCACACACAAUAAAACAUUGUCAGACCUUUA